AUGGUGGCAUCGGGCUCCGGGGGAGGCGUUGUGGUGGCCCUGCUCUGCUGCUGCCUCCUGAGCUCUGCCUGGGCUCUGGUGGACCCCGACGACGUGCUCACGAAAGAAGAGCAGAUUUACCUCCUGGUGGAAGCCAAGGAGAAAUGUCAGAGGGACAUAAAAACCCAGCUGGAGAAGAUCAAAGAUACCAGCUGCCUUCCAGAGUGGGACGGGAUUAUCUGCUGGCCGGAGGGCUCCCCCAGCCAGGAGGUGGCCGUGCCCUGCCCCGACUACAUCUACGACUUCAACCACAAAGGUCAUGCCUACAGGUACUGCAGUGCCUAUGGGACGUGGGAGAUGGCUCUCAGCCUCAACAAGACCUGGGCCAAUUACACUGAAUGCGCUGUGCUCUUCUCCUCUGAGAGCCGGAGCCGUGAGAAGGAGGUGUUUGAGCGCCUGCACCUGAUGUACACCAUCGGCUACUCCAUCUCCCUGGCCUCCCUCAUCGUCGCCGUCUGCAUCCUCUCCUACUUCAAGCGCCUGCACUGCACACGCAACUACAUCCACGUCCACCUCUUCACCUCCUUCAUCUGCCGGGCGGUGAGCAUCUUCGUGAAGGACAUGGUGCUCUACUCGGCCAGCGAGACGGAGAAGCUGCGGGAGGACGACUUCAAGGCAGAAAUGGGCUCCUCGCCAGGCCAACGGAGCCACCUGGUCGGCUGCAAGGUGGUGGUGACGCUCUUCCUCUAUUUUCUGGCCACCAACCACUACUGGAUCCUGGUGGAAGGUCUCUACCUGCACAGCCUGAUCUUCAUGGCCUUCCUCUCCAACAAGAGCUACCUGUGGGUCCUCAUCAUCAUCGGCUGGGGUCUCCCUGCUGUCUUUGUGUCUGUCUGGGCCAGCGUGCGGGCCUCCCUGGCAGAUACGCAGUGCUGGGACCUCAGCGCGGGAAACAUGAAGUGGAUUUAUCAGGUCCCCAUCUUGGCUGCCAUCGUGGUGAACUUCUUCCUCUUCCUCAACAUCGUCCGGGUGCUGGCCUCCAAGCUCUGGGAGACGAACACGGGGAAGCUGGACCCCCGGCAGCAGUACAGGCAACUGCUCAAGUCCACGCUGGUGCUGAUGCCGCUUUUCGGAGUCCACUACGUGGUGUUCAUGGCCAUGCCCUACACCGAAGUCUCUGGGGUGCUGUGGCAGAUCCAGAUGCAUUACGAGAUGCUCUUUAACUCCUCUCAGGGUUUCUUCGUGGCUUUCAUCUACUGCUUUUGCAACGGGGAGGUGCAGGCAGAGAUUAAAAAAGCCCAUUUUCGGAGAAGCCUGGCACUGGACUUCAAGCAGAAGGCACGCGCCACCAGUGCGGUGGGGAGCUGCUACUACGGCGGGCUGGCCUCCCACGCCACCACCAGCUUCAGCAUGAGCCUCGCGGGGCGAGCGGCAGGGAGCACGCAGCAGCGUGGGCUGCUGCUCCCUGCCCGUGCCAGCCUGCCAGGCUACAUCCCCGGCUCCUUUGCCUUGGACUUUUUGCCCUGUCCGACCCAGGAGAUGAGCCAGAAAGCCUGCGGGGAAACCACCGGGGACUUAGAUGUGGAUCGGAGUCACCCCAACCUGAACAAAGAGCUGGAGACGAUGCUGUGA